AUGUUUGCCGGAAAGGUGUUUCUCGUCGUGUUCUUCCUGCUAGCGGGAGAUAGCGAAUGCAAUGCUGAAGAUGGCAACGUGAAGCUCGCCAGAGCCCAGAACCAUUUUGCCCUCAAGCUUCUCAAGGAACUGUGCAGCAAAGACCCGGAAUCAAACAUUUUCCUUUCGCCGACUAGCAUCUCCGUCGCACUCGCCAUGGUCUACGCCGGCGCCAGGGGCAAGUCCGAAGCGGAAAUUUCCACUGCCCUCGGCCACGUCGCAGCAAGACUGUCCAGCAGAGAAUCUAUACUGGAGUCUUACAAGAAGAUUCUGGCAGAACAGCAGACUGAUGACAAUGUAAGUUUCAUGAUAGCCAAUGCAGUCUUUGUGGAUAAAAGACUGAAAAUCCUCGAAAGUUACCAGAAGGAGCUUGUUGACACCUUUGCGGCAAUGUUCCGGUCGGUGGACGUUGUGGCAGAAAAGUCUGCCAUGGAAUCCGAGGUUAACGAGUGGGUGAAGAACAAGACCAGAGGCAAGAUCUCGGGCUUCGAAAUUCCCUCAGACACCAUAAUGGCGCUCCUCAAUGCCAUUUACUUCAAGGGGCUAUGGAAGACCCCUUUCAAACUCAACAAUACAUCCCCCCUUCCUUUUUACAACAAGGGAUCUGAGGAGGUUAAGGUAGAAACCAUGAUGCGAUACGGAAAUGUACCGUUCACCUCUGAACCCGACUUUGAAGCCAUAGAACUGUCUUACAAAGGGGACAGACACUGCAUGGUAAUCGUACUUCCAAGUGAAAAAAAGGAACUUGCCAAGCUCCGGGACGCCAUGACUGUCGAGAGCAUAGAAAAAAUCCAGGAAAGUUUGAAAGAGGAGACUCUCGAGAUUCAACUUCCUAAGUUCGAGUUGAAAACGGAGUACGGCCUCGUCCCUGCCCUGAAGAAGUUGGGUAUGCGUUCGAUCUUCUCUGACGCCGAUCUGUCGGGAAUCACUCGCGAACGAGGGCUGAGGGUAACCGAGGUCCAGCAUAAGGCAGUCAUCGUGGUCAACGAAGAGGGCACGGAGGCCGCCGCCGCAACAGUAGUGCGAAUAGGAAAAAGCCUUCCACGAUCCUUCGCCGUGAAUAGACCUUUCCUGUUCUACAUCCGCGAGAAGGCUACCGGCCGUCUGCUGUUUUUGGGAGAAGUGCACAAACUCCCAGCCGCUAAGCCCACGCUUGAUUAG